UUCUCAUGCCGGUGGAAUCAAUAGCGUCUGCAGACCGGAAUACCGUUCCCACAUUACUGCCAACACUUCAGCCACGGCUGUUCUUCCAACACGGAUUACACUCAGAUCGCUUCUGCAUUCGUUCACUCCCUUACUUUUUUCUUUCUUCAUCUCUCACGUUCUGUCUUCCUACAAUCUCUCUCUGUCUCUCUCUCUCUCUCUCUCUCUCUCUCUCUCUCUCUCUCUCUCUCUUUCUCUCUCUCUAGCCAACCCACACCCAGUGAUUCUGUAUCUUGGUUUUUUGUGGCGGUAGGAGGGAUGCUGCUGUGAAUUCUUUUUUGAAUGUGUUUAAGACACAUUUUUUCUAUACCACAGGAGGUGUGCUUUCUGGAAUUUUUUGGGGGAGUCAUUUUUUUCGUGAAACCUUGUUGAAAAGAGCUUACUCACAAUGUUGGGCUUGGAUGUUUGUGAAUUUGGUGGACAGUUUCUUGAACUGCUCUGGUUAACAGUUUGCUACAGAGGCAUAAUGGCUGACAAAGAUAAAGAUGUGCCAGUGGUUGAGGAAGAAGAUGAGCCAGAUCUGAACUACCAGCCUCCGGCUCAGAAGAGCCUGCAGGAGAUCCAGGAACUGGACAAGGAUGACGAAAGCCUGAACAAGUACAAGCAAACCCUCCUGGGUUCAGGACCUGUGGUAGCAGAUCCCAGCAUCCCUAAUGUUCAGGUGACCCGACUCACUCUGAUGUGUGACCAGGCCCCUGGACCCAUCACCAUGGACCUGACAGGUGGCCUCGAAGCUUUGAAGAAGAAGAACUUCACCAUGAAGGAGGGAGUGGACUACAGGGUGAAAAUCCACUUCAAGGUCAACAGGGACAUCGUGUCUGGACUGAAAUAUGUGCAUGUGACCUACAGGAAAGGACUCAGAUUGGACAGGGCAGUGUACAUGGUGGGCAGCUACGGCCCGAGAGCCGAGGAGCAUGAGUUUAUGACCCCGGUGGAGGAGGCUCCGAAGGGCAUGAUGGUUCGGGGAUGCUACCACAUCAAAUCCUGCUUUACAGACGACGACAAGACAGACCAUCUGACGUGGGAGUGGAACCUCCAAAUCAAAAAAGACUGGGACAGUGCAGAGUAAAGAGGUCUUCCUCUGUCUCUCUCCCAGAUGCAUAGCAACAUACCCAAUGUAUCACUGAUUUGUUUAAAACAGAGACAUAGGCUAGGUAGACAUGCAGCUGGAGCUGGCUUUGCAAAUGAUUAAAUAACAAUUAGUCGUAUUAAAAUCAAAAGCAAAAAAAAAGCAUAAAAAAUAAUAAAGAUAUUCCUACAUAUUAAGUGUAAUUAACAGUGAGGACAUACAGUGACUGGCAGGGUAUUAGAGGCGACUUAGUACUUUGUAAUAGAUUUACCAGUGGUAUAACCAACAAAUGAAAUCCCUCAUGCCUGUACUCUCAGGUUUUAGUGUAUACUGUAAAUGUAAAUAUUACAUUGUCUGUAUUCUUGCAGUGCAUUCAGAGUUCUUUACAGAGCCCAUGGCCAGAUCAGUGCAUGCUUGAAUGUGAAGCCAUCGUGUCUAAUGGCUAAUUUCUUGUAUUGAUGAUGUAUUCAGCCUGCUGUUACCUGAUGAUAAAUACAUGUGUAGGAUGUGGCUUGUACUAAGUGUUGCUUGUCAAAAAAAAUGGUAUUUCUGAGCAUUAAACCCCCGUAGAAAAGAUCAACUUAAACCGGGUUGAAGUUGUCUGGCUGUUGACCAGCAACCAAUUCUGAUAAAGCUGCUUCACUUUUCUUGCUGACUAGCAAAUCAGCUUUUAAAAUGCAAAUUUUGCUGGCGAUUUGGCUGGUCUUUUCAGCUGGGAACGUCAGUGGAGCCCGUCAUCAAGCACCCUCUUCAUUCCCUGAAACAAUUUAAGAUCUCUUCAUCUCUGUCCAGGUGUCUGUAACUGUCUUCCAUCUAGCUUUUAUAUUAGAUUGUCUCUGUUCUUGUUCUUUUUCUCUUUUUUUCACAUUCCAAAAUAAAUACAUUUAUUAUAUGCCUGCUGAUACUGUUACCUGGCACCACCAUAUCCAUCGCUGAUAUUGUUAUAUGACAAAAUAUUAUCUUGACUUUACUCGAAUAACUCCCUACUAUACGGUCACAUUCAGAAAUAUUAGGUAAUACUGAAGAAUAUUUACAAUACUCUGUGGAAAUGAUUGGGUUUUUAUAAUUCUACAGAAUACAAUUUAUGAAAAAAGUUAAUAAGUGCCACAGAAAAUGUCUAACAGGCAUGUGCAUUAGAUAGGCUAAUGCCUUUUUUGGGGGGGGGGGCAAUAGAACUGUGAGCAAUAGAAAGAAAAAUACGAGAGCACACAAAAUAUUAUUAUUUUUUAAUUGUCUUUUUUUUUGUAACUGUGAUUCCACAGUCAGUAUGUGUAACGUAUUUGAUCCUUGCAAUAUUUCAAAAUAUUCCCACUUGAUGUGUAUUUUUUCAAAUUCAUAUUGUGACUCAUAUCGAUGAAAGUUUCUUCAUAAUUGGAUGUUAUGAUUAGUCAGCUUGUGGACUGUAUUGCAUGAUGCUGCUUUUUAAACAUGUCAAUUAGGGGUUUUAUUGUGAUGUUACGGAGGAAGCAGUAAGCAGUCACGUUUAGUCAGGCCGUUUUUCAGCUGACUGAUUCCUUUGCUUAAAAAAAAGAUUAUAUUGCUUCUGAAUUGUUAAACCUUUCAUGUAUUUUUAAUAAAGUUUGGCCUAUCCUUA